UAUGCCGUAAAAGUUUUGGCUGAACUUGGUUUCUGCUCGGCCGUGUUGCUUGUCUGGUCAAAAAGUAAUCAGUUAGCGCCGGUUCUCACACUCACAGAAAGUUGCACAGUAAGAAAGAUUUACGCAUCAAUAUCAGGGUAACUUUGGGACCCCUCUCUAUCUCUUGAAUGUCUACCUCCCAAUUUGAGUCCACUAUGCGCCAGCCUAGACUCCUUACAGUUGCUCCUUUUUCAUCCUUGGUAGACAGUAAAGUGACUAUAAGAGCAACUGGUAUGAAGGCUAAUAGCCCUGUAACCAUCAGAUCUUUCGUUCAGCAGGAAACCCGUAGGAGUGGUUUCGUGAAGUUUGAGGCCCAUGCUCAUUACAUCGCGGAUGAUAGGGGAGUCGUAUCAGUCCCUGAUCAGAUGUCACUAGGAGGGACGUACACCGGAGCUGAACCAAUGGGCCUGUUCUGGAGCAUGGUCCCCUCACCAGGCCAGCGCUUUGGCAUCCGCUUCAUUGUCAAAGAUGUCACAGAGCCCAUGGUGGUACACCUCUCCCUACACCGUGGUCAUCUGGAUACGAAGAAACUACAGACGGCUGAACCAGAGGCUACCACGACAGCUGAGAGGCGGUACAUGGGCCAAAACGUAGAGAGGAUCACGGUCCACAGCGGACGCUUGAGGGGGACUUUGUUUAAACCGAAAGGUUCAGGUCCGUUCCCUGGUGUGAUCGACAUGUUUGGCUCCACUGGCGGACUGAUAGAGAUUAGAGCAGCUAUGCUGGCAUCUCGUGGCCUGGCCUGUUACGCUCUGCCGUACUUCAGCUAUGAUGACCUACCUGCUAGCAUGUGGAACCUGGAGCUGGAAUAUUUCAAGGAAGCUGUUGACUGGUUAUGUGGUCAGCCCUUUGUGAGGCCGGGUGGCAUUGGAAUGGUAGGGGUGUCUUCUGGCGCACAGAUAGUCUUUGCCAUGGCAGCUCAUUUUCCAGAAAAGGUGAGAGCAGUAAUCUCUAUCAAUGGCUGUCAUGUUCAUACGCUGUUUCCUCUCACAGUGAAUGGAGUGCCAGUGCCAUAUAUAACAUGUGACAUAGGCAGCAUGAAGCCUGCACCAACGGAAGGUGCCCAAAGUCUGUUUGACACCUUCAAGGCCAUCUAUGAUAUGGAAGAGGACAAUCAUACCAUCUACAGGAUUGAAAAUGCCACAAAUUGCCAGUUUCUGUUCAUCACUGGAGAGGGUGACGAACUCUGGGACAGUUGUUACUACGCACGGGAAGCCAUGAAGCGCCUAGCGAGACAUGGCCGUCACAACUAUCAACUACUGACCUAUCCUGGUGCCGGACAUCUGAUUGAGGUUCUAUAUUCUCCAGUGGCCAUGGUUGUUUAUUCAAUUGCCAUUGGAAGCGUAGUUGACCAUGGAGGUACUAUCAAGGAUACAGCUAAAGCGAUGGAGGACUCGUGGCCCAAGAUGGUCAAGUUCCUGCAUAACUACUGUGGGCGUAACAACUCCAAGCUAUAAGCUCCAAAGUUUGUGAAAUAUGUUGGAACUAUAUGCUGCAGUUGAACAAAUCCUACUUAUUCAAAAAAUAUUACUGAAUUAGAAACAGCAGCUGCUUUGAUAAUUGGCUUAUGUUGAUAAAUGUAUGUUGAUAAAUACAUGUAUAUUUUUCUUUACAAAAAUAGGUUUGCAAUGUAUUAUUGCUGAAAUAUAUUAUAACUAUGCUGCAGUUGCAAA